UUCUCUCCUUCCUCCUUCGUCUCUCCAUCUCUCUAUCUCGAAAAAGGAUCGUGCAAAACUUUCAAAAAACCCUAGAUUCACAAAACAGAUUUCGUUCCCAAUCCUCUCCGGCGAUUAUCCUCGAUUGAAAUUGGGAUCACGGUUAGAAAGGUUGCAAUCUCCGUGUUGAUAAGAUGAGCACAACACAAGAGUCGAGAACAAGCCGAGGAAUUCGAAGAAGGAAAGCUGUGAUUGAUCUAAACGAGAUACCAAGAGAUCACGAAGGGACGACCUCCUCUGCAGCUUCCGUGAGAGAAUCUCCUACGGUGGCGCCGCCGCCUAGUGGUGGUGGUUUGUCUGUUCCUUCUCAGCCUGUUCCCACCAUGAUUGAUGUUGAUGCUAUUGAAGAUGAUAUUAUUGAAUCAUCCGCUAGUGCUUUUGCUGAAGCUAAGAGCAAAUCAUCAGGUGGACGUAGGAGGAGGCCUUUGAUGGUUGAUGUUGAGUCUGGUGGUUUAACGAGAUUGCCUGCAAACAUAAGCAACAAACGGAGAAGGAUUCCUCCUAAUCAACCUGUCAUCGACUGUGAACAUGUCCCUGUAGAUGUGAGAGAGUCUAGCCCAAAGCCUCCACCACCUCCACCGGAGGAGCCGAAGUUUUCUUGUCCGAUUUGUAUGUCCCCGUUUACUGAGGAGACGUCGACCAAAUGUGGUCACAUCUUCUGCAAGGGAUGUAUAAAGCAGGCGAUAUCUCGUCAAGCGAAAUGCCCUACUUGUAGGAAAAGGGUGACUAAUAAAGAGCUGAUUCGAGUGUUCCUUCCAACCACCAGAUGAAUUUAUACAUCAACAGUCACCUUGUAAGGCUUUACCAAAUCAUAGUUUUUGUUUUUCGUCUACGCUGCACAAAUUAUAAGAGUUUAUUUAGUUAACAGGACAAUGGUUUGUGCCAGGUCUAAUUGGAAAC